AUGCUUGAUAAGUUGGAGAUUUCUAUGCCCUUUGUGGAAGCCAUUACUCAAAUACCUUCAUACAAAAAAUUCUUGAAGGAUAUUUUGAGUAACAAGAAGAGAUUAGAGAAGAGUGCGGUGGUGGACCUUAGUGAGGGAGCUUUGACAUUUGCCGCGCUCCAAAAGAAUUUGCCUCCUAAAUUGAAAGAUCUGGGAAGUUUUUCUAUCCCUUGCAUUGUUGGAGGAUUUGUGGUGAGCCGUGCUUUGUGUGAUCUUGGGGCUAGUGUGAGCUUUAUGCCAUACUCUCUAUGCAAGAGGCUCAAUCUUGGAGAGCCCAAGCCUACUACCAUGACACUCCAAAUAGCGGACCGUUCCAUCAAGCACCGGGUGGGAGUACUUGAAGAUAUCCCGGUAAUGAUUUAUCAAUACUACAUCCCAGGAGAUUUCGUGAUUCUUGACAUAGAGGAGGAUGCCAAGGUUCCAAUAGUCCUUUGUAGGCCAUUUCUAGCCACCGCCGGGGCAAUCAUAGAUGUUAAAAGAGGGAAGCUUGUGAUGGAGGUAGCUGGCCAUAAAAUUGAGUUUGACAUCUUCAAGAUGGCCAAACACCAACCUUCUUACAUUGAUGAGUGCAACAUGGUGGAAGACAUAGAAGAAUGUUUUGGAGAGGUACUUGGGAUUGGAGGAGAUAACCAAGGAAGCUCUCUUGUGGGAAAUUUCUUUGAAAAGUUGGGAGAGUGCACCCAAAUCAAGAGUGGAGAAGCAACUUUGAAAACAUGA